AUGUUCAUAAAGUCGACACUGAUCCCGCCAAAUGGGGCAGAGAAAUGGCCCUCAACGCUCGAUCCCCCCGAAUAUGGAACUAGAACGAUUAGUCGAACAGCCCCGUUCCAGGACAAGAUAUCACUCACUCAUGGGAACUCGAUGCGGAGUAUAAGUACUCGGCCAGGUACGCCUGUCCAUAAAUCUGUGGGAGCGUAUACGGCAUCAUUCGCCUUCUUCGAGGCCCUAUGGGAGCUCGGCGUCAAGAACUGCUUUGUCAACUUAGGGUCUGACCAUCCCAGCAUCAUGGAGGCCAUGGCCAAAGGGCACAAGGAGCGACGAGACCAAUUCCCUCGCAUCUUCACCUGCCCAAAUGAAAUGGUCGCCCUGUCCAUGGCAGAUGGCUACGCACGCAGGACCAACUCCCCGCAAUGUGUGAUCAUCCACGUCGAUGUCGGGACUUCUGGUCUCGGUGCAGCCAUCCAUAAUGCGUCCAUCGGUCGCGCGCCUGUUCUCAUCUUCGCCGGGCUUUCUCCCAUCACGCAGGAAGGCGAGAUGCGAGGUUCUCGAACCGAGUAUAUUCAUUGGCUUCAAGACGUCCCAGACCAGAAGCAGAUCGUGGCUCAGUAUUGCCGAUACGUGGGUGAGGUCCGCACGGGCAAGAAUAUCAAGCAGAUGGUCGGCCGCGCACUGCAGUUUGCAACCAGCGAUCCCAAAGGCCCAGUCUACCUGAUGGGUGCGAGGGAGGUCAUGGAGGAAGAUAUCCAGCCAUACCCUCUCCACGUCGAGCAGUGGCGCCCGGUGGAACCCACCGCUCUGCCCGAGACGGCUGUCGAGCUUCUCGCGCACGAGCUGGUGCAGGCCAACCAGCCACUGCUGAUUACAGGAUACAGCGGGCGCAAUCACGAAUGCGUCGAGGCUCUAUUGGAGCUCGCUGACACCGUCAAGGGCCUUAGAGUGCUCGACACCGGCGGCUGCGAUAUGUGUUUUCCUGCCACUCAUCCAGGCUGGUUGGGACUGAAGUACGGCUCCGACGCUUCCAUCACCACCGCCGACCUCAUUCUCGUCAUCGACUGCGACGUGCCCUGGAUUCCCACUCAGUGUCGGCCCCAGGAGUCGGCUCGCAUCUUUCACAUCGACUUGGAUCCUCUGAAGACCCUCAUGCCCCUCUUUUAUGUCCCUGCUCUCCGCAGAUACGCCGCCGAUGCCUGCACGGCCGUUCGUCAGAUAAAUUCCCAUCUGCGGUCCUCGGCGACCCUUCAAUCGUCACUCUCCUCUGAUAGAUUUUCCGAACGCUGGACGACUCUCCGCGAACAGCACUGCCAGCUGCUUAAGACCCUAGACUCCAAGGCCAGCCGCCCGCAGGAUCAGAGCGAUAGCGCCUUCAACGCGGACUAUCUAUGCAAAACCCUCCGGGACAUCGUCCCCGAGGACACAAUCUUCGCCAUCGAGGCAGUCACCAACUCGAUCCCCGUGUCUGAGCAGAUCCGCGCGACCCUCCCAGGACAAUGGAUUAACUGCGGUGGCGGCGGUCUCGGCUGGAGCGGCGGAGGCGCCCUCGGUAUCAAACUCGCCGUCGACGCCGUGAACCAGGCGCAGGGGUCGUCCAAGACCCAAAUGGUCGUGCAGAUUGUCGGCGACGGCUCGUACCUAUUCACCGUGCCCUCCAGCGUCUACUGGAUUUUGCAUCGUUACCAGAUCCCCAUUCUCACGAUCGUGCUGAACAAUAAAGGCUGGAAUGCACCCCGGAGAUCUAUGCUUCUCGUUCACCCAGACGGUAUCGGCUCGGAGGUCGACAACGGCGCGCUCAAUAUCUCGUUCGAGCCGAGCCCGGAUUGCUCGGGGAUUGCGCGUGCGGCGAGCGAUGGACAUAUUCAUGCCGUGCGAGUGGCAGACGCUGGGAAGUUGGACUCGGUACUGAGGGAAGCGGUGCGGGUUGUUCAGAGCGGUACCUCUGCUGUGGUUGAUGCGCAUGUAUCGUGA